AUGUAAUAAUAAAUAAUAUUAGGUUCUAUUGUUUGUUUUGCUGCUUUCCUCUUGAUUAUUUUAAUCAUCGGAUGGGAUGUUGUAGAAAUCACAAACUGGGGGUUAAAGUGCAAUUCCAUUAGCAAACAAUGCGAUAAACAAAUCUAUGCUCCAGGCAGAUAUUUGGUAGGCCCCUUCAACUCCUUCUUUAAUUUUCCUGGCAGCAGACAAAGCAUAGAAUUUUCAGAUGACAAACGAGCCCAAAGUUAGCCCCUCAAAACUAGAACAGCUGAAGGUCUUACUCUUAGUUUGCAUGUGUCUUUUCAAUAUCAACUAAUCAAAAACGAAAUCGCUUAACUCUAUGCUAUGGGUGGACUUAAUUAUGAAGCAACAUUUAUAAGAAUGGCAAGAGAUACCAUUUUAUAAGCAGCUGGCAGAUUUGAAGCUCCCAGAUAUUGGACCAAUAGGAGAAACAUAACAGAAGUUAUGCAAAAAUAAUUGGAAGAAGAACUGAAAAAGGCUCAUGCCAAUUGUGUAUCUCUUCAAAUUCUGGACAUUGAAUUACCCGAUUAAUACGAAGAUUCAAUAGUCCAAACUUAAAUCGAAGUCCAAAAGAAAACUAUGAAAUAAUUUGAAUAAAAGGCACAAAUGAUUCUGAAUGACAUACUUGUUAUGAGGGCUGAAAAUGAUUAAGAAAUCUUUGCGAUCCAUGCAUAAGCCUAAGCAGAUGCCUUUACGAUCACUUAAGCAGCUUAAGCAACAGCAAAUAAAUUAUUAUUGGAAGCUGAAACUAAAGGAUAUGAGAUGAUAUAAAAAAACCUUGAACUUAGUUAAGAAGAAUUUAAUCAAUAUUUAUAUUGGAUUUCUAUCCUAAAAUAAACAAAAGCAAAACUGGUAUUCAAUCCAAACACUGUAUUAACUUUUAAUAUGAAUCAUAAUUGA